UGUCUCAGCAUCCCAAUUUUACAAUACACAUUGGAGAACUCUUUCAAGAUAAAGUCUUGAUUUAUGUUGUUCCUCUCCAUCACAUGGUGUUUGACGAGAUCAAGGACUACAUCAAGCAGAAGGAUUCAACACUUCCUAUACUCACACAGCAUCCAAGAUUUAUUAGAUACUUGGGUACCUGCUUCAAUCAGGAAACAUGUCAAGCAUACGUGAUCAGUGAUUAUAUGGCAGGCUGUACACUUUUGGAUAUGCAAAAAAGUGCAGAACUUAGAAAUUUACUCAGAAUUGGUGAAGAGGAGAAGAUCCAGGGAUCUGUAGAUUUAGCGGAAGCCGCUUUUUUUCUUCACAAUUUAUCCCAACCCUUGGUUCAUCGACACAUAGCAGCGAGAAAUAUUUUGAUCGAUGGAGAGACAUUAAGAUUUCGAUUACGAGCUGCUGAGAUACAGAACAGAGUUGAAGACAUGAUUUGGUGUGUAAAUCAUGGAGGAAUAAAGGAUUAUUUAGAUAGGAGUAAUAUGCUUCAUAUUGAGCUAGCUCCAGAGAUACUUCUUCUAAAUCGUGCACCAGAUUUAAAAUCAGAUAUUUGGGCGCUUGGUGCCACCAUCCUGGAGAUCUUACUGGAAAAGAAAUUGUGGGAUAUAAGUACCCUAAAAAAGACUGAAGAAACUAAGAACAUCGAUUCUAACACAUUCGAUAUUCUGAGGCGAGCGAUGGAGCGCCGACUAUCGCCAAGUAUUUUAGGUGAACUGGAGAAAUCAACUCAAAAGCUAAAAUUUCUCUCUGACUGUUUCCAGUAUUCAGCCGUUGAGCGACCAUCCUCCACUUUUAUAUUACGAGGAAUGCACCACUUUCAAAUAGAGGCAAAAAGAUUAUCAGAAGAAGAUGGUGUAAAAACGAGUUUGCUCAUGCCUGGCAAACGUAUCCCUGUAUCUAAAGCAAUUCCACUUGAUCCGCUUGUGAGACAACAGGUUGAAUGGAAUGUUCGACAAGAAGCAGGAUUAAAACGUCGGACUUUGCUAAUUGCAAACAGAAACUAUUUGGGUAAAGCGUGGCCCUCAUUAUCAGCAAAUCCUUUAAAUGACAUCAGAGAUGUUGGAAAUGCGUUUAGCAGAGGAGGGUACGGAACUGACAAUAGUUUUGAAAAUGUUGGCUCAAGCUCAGAUCUAAAAUCAAUUCUGACAGCUUACGUUGACGCAGUAAAUAAAGAUCCAGAAGAUGUUGAUAUUAUUGUAUUCUAUUAUUCUGGUUACGGCCUUGAGACUGUACCUGAAAAUAUUGAGAAGAAACGUAAAUAUGGGAUAUUUACAGACAGGGAGGGAAUUAUUUACGAUCUAGCUUUAGUUAUGUGCAAUGAAACCAUGUUUCCAGUUGCUACUCUACAAACUCUAAUAGCUCAGCUUAAUUCAAGAGUUAAAAGAAAACUACUUAUUCUUGACACACGACAUUAUUAUCCUCAAGACUCUGGGGUUUCAUCAGCUCCUGUGACUCCAGGGAGUGUUAAUUCCCACUUUAUGUCCCUGGAAGAGAGAAAUUUUAUCUAUCCUGGUCCACCUUCAUCAGGAGAGAGCACUAAGUCGAGAACUACAAAGUAUGAUUGGGAAGUUCCCAAGAUUCCUGAGGAAACUACUGAGACCCUGAGUACAAUGUUUACUAUCCGUGUACAUCUGUCUGAUCCUCAUGUUAUACCAAAAGCUGUGGAUUCCCAUCCCAGAAGGAUGAAUGGAUAUUUAACCGGAUGUUUUCUGCAGGUGAUUCAUGAAAAUUUUCCAAAUAUAUCAGAUCUACCAAAGUUCUUGAAUAAUCAGAUGAAGGCUGAUGGAAGGCGGUCUAAAGCUCAUCGUGGAAUAGAAUGCAAAGCUGAAUACACAAAUAUGGGAAAUAUCUGGGACGCUCCACUCCUCGCACAUUAGAAGGAACAGAGCUGUAUAUUUUAAUGUGUGGAUUAUUUUGUAUCACGUUCAACUAUUGGAUUAAACUAAAAUGGCCAAAAGCCAAUGAGGUCAGGACAUUUUUGUUUCAAUCAUGAACUGGUUAAAUAUCUAAUAGAACAGUUUAUUUGACUGAAUAGACCAGCUGCAACUACAGGGUGUCCCCCUGUUCAUGAGUUAAAGAUCGUCUUUGAUCCUUUGUUAUAUGUGACUCUGUUAAACUGUCAAAGAAGACCUAAGCAUCUCUCAAUGGUGGUUUUUUGUGGGAAACCCUGUACUUCGACUACCUAGUUUAAUCUCGAAAAAAUCAAAUAAAAUGCACAUUUACCAAAUGUUGAACGUACACGUAUUUCAUAUUAUAAACUAAAAAGCAAAAAAACUAAGCAGGGGCGGCUUAUAAUAUUUUCAAGGGGGGAUAAUUAAAAUUUUAUCCCCCUUUGCAAAAAAAGUUGGACAUCUUUAUGUCAAAUGGGGGGAGGUCCCCCCCCCAUCCCCCCAUAAAUUACCUCUGAAACUAAGUGACAUCUGUUUUGUAUUUACUGAAUACAUUGUGAUAUAAUAUAAAUGCGUUUAUGAGUCUAAAUAAACGUUGAAUUAAAAAGA